UCACGGGGGCCUGUGGUUGGAAUUUCUCUGGACCACAUACUAACUGGCAGACUUAGUCAUAUCAAUAGAUUGCGGACCAGGCUGACUGAAAUAAUUUUCUGAUACAGAGUUAAUCCUUAUUAGUCUCAAAGCCAUCAUGGCUGAGUCUAAUUUCCCUUUACCACCAGAGGCUUUCUGUCCCCUGUGUGUGGAUGACCUAAGAGACCCGGUCACCAUCCCUUGCGGUGACACCUUCUGCCUGGAGUGCAUCAAGGUCUACUGGGACCAGUUUGACCACAUGGGUGUAUACAACUGCCCACAGUGCCGCACGACUUUCACACCGCGGCCUGUGCUGAGACGCAACCUUCCUGACGUGAACCACGAGCCCCGGCGCCAGCUUCCAGAGCUCACUCCUUUUCCCUACAUGCACCGGGAAUCCUUCUGCGACUUCUGCGUCGGCCGUCGCAACAAGGCCGUGAAGUCUUGUCUCAUGUGCCUGGCCUACUACUGCGAAACCCACGUCAAGCCGCAUUACGAGUCAUCCACCUUCAAGAGGCACAAGCUGGUGGACGAGACGGGCCACCUGGACAGGAAGAUCUGCCCGCAGCAUGAGAAGGGCCUGGAGCUGUUCUGUCGCUCUGACCAGAUGUGUAUCUGUGUGCUGUGCACUGUCAGAGAGCACCGCAGCCACAACAUCACCUCAGCAGAGGAAGAGCGCACUGAAAAGCAAAAAGUCUUGGUAGUCACCCAGUCUGAAGUCCAGUACAUCAUUCAGGAGAGGAUGAAGGAGCUGCAGGAGCUCAAACAUAAUGUGGAUGCACUAAAAAGUGCUGCCCAGCGAGCACAGGCAGAGAGCGACAAGACAUUCCACGAAAUGCUGCAGGCGGUGGAGCGCUGGAAGGCCGAAAUCAGUCAGAUGAUAAUGGCCAACAUGCAGUCAGCGAUGUCACAGGCUGAGGGCUACGUGGACCGCCUGGAGCAGGAGAUACUAGAGCUGCAGCGCCGAGAUGCAGAGCUGCGGCAGAUCCUCGAAACAGAGGACAACAUUCACUUUCUGCAGAAUUUUCCCAGCCUGUGUGUUCCUCCUGAGGCCAUGGUGCCCAAAGUACUCAUCAACCCUCAGUUCUCCUUUGGGGAGAUGAGCAAGACAGCCACAGAGAUGAAGGAACAUCUGGACGACAUCUGUAAGAAGGAACUGAGCAAAAUCUCCAAGACAGUCAGUGAAACUCCUGUGUACAUACUUUUGCCAAGAAAUGGAGACAAACGACUCAAAGUUCCUUCCAGAGUUGAUUUUCAGGAACCAAAAACCAGGACAGACUUCUUAAGAUACUCCUGCAAGAUGUCCUUUGAUCCAAACACAGUCUAUAAAGAGCUGGUCCUGUCGGACGGGAACCAGAGGGUCACGCGGAAGAAAUCAGUCCAGUUUUACCCAGACCAUCCAGAGCGCUUUGACGGCUUCUCCCAGGUCUUGUGCAAGGAGCCUCUGACUGGUUUCAGAUUUUACUGGGAGGCCGAGUGGGGCGGGGAGUUUUCCAUCGGGGUGGCGUACAAGAGCAUCAGUCGCAAGGGGAAGAAUUCGCACAGCCUGCUGGGCUACAACGACAAGUCUUGGAGUCUCCUCUGCUCAGACUCAGGCUACUCUGCCUGGCACAACAAAGUCGACCGAGACCUCCCUGACACUCCCAGAGCCACACGAAUCGGUGUGUACCUGGAUUAUGCAGGCAACACCGUGGCCUUUUAUUCGAUAUCAGAGACGAUGGAACUUAUCCACAGGUUCAAGGCUCAGUUCAGUGAGCCUUUGUACGCUGGUUUUGGUGUGGGCUCCUCUGUUACCCUCUGCCAGCUGAAGCAGAAUCCCACUCCUUACUAAGAUUUUAAAAACAGGGAAGUUGUGUAAAAGUUAUCUUGACGGGUAAGGUACCCAUAGGUACUGUGUACUGCAAGUGCUCAAUAUUGAUUCUGCAGAACAAUGUAAAUAUAUCGCUCCUGGAAUAUAUGAUGACACUGGCACACUGAACAUAAUUUUGGACAAAUCUGUAAAUAUGUGUUUAAUUGCAAGAGUAUUAUAUAUUGAUUUAAUAACUUUAACUCUGAAAAUAACAACAUCUAACAGUCUACAACUUUUCAUACUUUUAUCGUCUAACAGAGCAGCACCGUCAUAAUCAAGGUGUGCAGUAAUGAUAUGGAACGCUUACAUUAGUUUUACAACACAUAAUAACAUGUAGAUAUGAAUAAUAUAUUUAAUACAUUGAUUCAUAUUGAGACAAAUGUUCUAAACCAAUGAAUCAGGUAUGAUCAGUUCAAUCACUGUAUUUCUACAGAAUCAAGCUGUGUUGAAUGACUCACUGGUAACUGUUCAAUGUCAUCUGUAAAUGUUUCUGUUGGCACAUGCAAAUUCUUUGUCAUAUGAAACACAGUCACUAGUCUUAUUCUUUAUUUCUGUACGUCUCUUAAAUGACAUUAUCUGAAGCUCGAUGUGUUUGUUUGUGAGAAUAUUCACACUGUAUCACA